UUGAGGGGUAGCAUUACAUUGGAAAAACCUCACGCCCCCCACUAAGGAAAUCAGUUAUACAAGCGAGUGGCAGACAUUGCAAAAACUGUCAAAUGCCACGACACGACGAAAACAAGAGAAUCUGGGCGACUGUGAGGGAUCGAGGAGAUGGGAAUUUAAAAUGCCGCUCUCACCCUUCAUGGGAAUUUGGCUGGCUCCUCCUCCUGCCAGCAGCAUCAGGCCAUUUCCUCACACGGAAGACAUGCUGCUUGGCUUAUGAUUGGGUUGACUCGUGAUUUCAGAGGGAGCCAAGCGGAAGGGCGGGAAUAGGCCCUUCUGGAACAUGAGAUCAGCACCGUCGUUCACUGGAGCCCGUACGGCGUUACAUAAGCGGGGGGCCGGGCUGUCGUUUGAGUAUUGGGUUGAGGAGGGCACACAACAUACCCGUUGUAGAGGGCUCAGCUCACGAUGCUGGCUGCCAAUGGAUGGUAAUGGAAUCUCGGCAGAAGGAUGAGGGUUGCGAUGGCAGGCAGAGAUCCCGAUUGCACUCCAUGUGUUCGGCAGGAACGGCCAGCACACGGAGUAGGUAUCAGCGUAUCGGCUGGUUGGCGACGUGAAAUACGGCGUAAAUUGCAGGGGCCUGUGGUGUUGUCGUAGCAUGAACCCGGGGCCAGACCUCGAUGGACCUCUCUACCCCUGCUCCUUCGAUCAUGCUUUGCUGGGGAAGCUCUCAAAACCUCAUCAGUCCACUUUUGACGCACCGUUUUACGGAUCCGUACGGGUACAGCAACAGCGACAGCAACAGCAACAGCGGGAGUGAACAAAGGACCAGCUUCCUCACCAACAAGUCUGCUGAAAACGCUGAAUCCCCGCGCUACUCAUUGGUUCAAGCAGGCCUUCUCAGCCUGUCGCGCUGUCUGUCUCUCCAUCAAGCGCACCAGACAGAGGCAGCGUAUUCAUAGAGAGAGUCCAGGCACGUUUGGGCUCUGUCUGUUAUUCUCCAACGUCGCUUUUCCCCGCGACACCCAGAGUCCACCGCUCGCCGUGCUUCCCACUCCCCAAAAAGUUACUUUUCUUAGUCAGUCUACCAGUUUCGAUUUUCGAUUUCGAUUUCGAUUUCGAUUUUCGAUUUGCAUGACCACCUGCCCGCCCGAGAUUUUCCAAAGUGCAGACCCUAUCCUAUCCUGUGCCCUCUCCUCGUCAAAAAUUCUUAGUUUGUCUAGGUUCUAGGUUGCUCACCACCGCGAGAUCGCUGCUUGAUUCGAGGUACUGCUGAGCGAAGAAAACUCGCCAACGGCAACAAGAAAACACGAAUCAACAAAGUAUCCAGGGCCAAGCUACCGCAUGCGACAGCACAUAUCAACUCACUUCUCCACUCAUUGCUAGGAACACGAGCGUUCGAACGAGUCUUUCAUCCCAUAAAACGGUCCAGAACGUCAAAAAGAACAGCAGGGAAGGUUCAUCCCGUCUUUGGAACAAGCAGUCAAUGGCCAGCUGCUUGGGAGCGUCUGGUAUCUAAAAGGAUCAACCCCUGUUUGGUUGUCCGUCUACGGCGUCUGUCGGUCGCGGUUGUAGGUGGCGGAACAUUGAUAGACUUUCCCGCCGCUCUCUCGUUCGUAGAUUGAGGUUGGUGCUGCGUGCGAGCUUGCCCGAGGAAAUCGCCCCUUUGGGCUACUGGGGGACUUCUGAUAUAGACCUGUCGCUCACUUGGGCAUGACGGGGAAUAGGACCGAGCAGUGUUUUCCUCUUCUCCCCACCACAAUUGUUUUGGAUUCACAGCAGUCUCCUCCUGUAUCUGCUCUCCCGCCAGCGCAGAUCCCCCCAGCCGCGACCUCGUCCCGGCGAGACAAUCCCGGACCGGUCGACUAUUUCUCUUACCAAGACGACAGCAGCGAGCAGUUUGACGAGACCGGGGCGACCAUCGACGAGGUUGUGAGUGAGUGGACGGCAUCCUCGAAUAGCAGCCGGCAUGAUUCCGACGUAUCAGCGCCAUUCUCCUUGACCCGAUUAUUGUUGGGUUUAGGUCCGCAAGUUUCAGCCGAUUUUGGAUUCUGGUCUCCCUCGUCGGCAGCGUCGUCCGAGCCACCCUCCAGGGCACCGCCAGGCGCCCUGGGAAAGAGGCUAUCCGGCGCGGAAUAUCGCCCAACCCGACCUUUAGGAUCUCCUCUGAAGAAGCCGCGCCUCACAUCGCUCCCGCCCAACCUGACCGGGAAGCCGCCCACUGCGAAUCCCAACCUUUUAUCUCCCCUAUUUUUCUCAAACUCGGCGAGGUGGACGAGAAUGAACCAUCCACCCGGAUUUGCAGAUCCCGAGGCAGCGGCGUCGAUGAUGGGAACUCAAGAGGGUCAGGAGGGCUUCACUACUUUGCGUCUUCCCAAGUCAGUUACUACCGCCAGUCCUUCGAGAUCGUCGGGCACCCCUGGGAGUUGGUCGUCUGCGGAGCAAUCGAACCCGUCACGGAGCCCUGAUGUCUGGCCGCCAUCUAAUAUCGCCGGAUUACUCCAAGGCAUAGGGGUUGUCGAGUUGCUGGAACAAGACGAACGGCCGACGUUUAUGAUCGACCUCAAUGAACCAGCAAAUUUCAGCCCUGGACAACUGCGUAUAAUAUAUGUCAAUGCGGCGCUCAAGGCGUCUACUGAGCUGCUGGAGCGUUUGCAGAACGAGACGUCUGUCGGGGGGCAUACUACUGAGUUUUCACACUUCAAAACCUGGGCUCUAACUCUUGUGCCGGACCGGCUUUCGCUCGAUGGAAGCACGGUUUCUCCCCCAUCGUGGGCGGGGAUGAACUGGUCAGCUUCCACCCUCCGACGUCGAUUUCGUGUGGUCCGUGGAAACGCCCAUCCUUUGGAGUCCAAGACGCCCACGCCACCCAGCUCCACGAAUCAACAGCAUCCAUGGGCUCAAAGCGGUCCUUGGACUGGCCGUGAUGUUUUCGCACCGAGAGAACGGGGUGAUUACUUUGGGCCCGGUGCCGAGUCCCAAUUUCGUUCUUACUCGGAGCCUCGGAGCAGAGCUGGUUCGAUUGCCGACACGGUGGUUCAGUCUGUCGACGACAUGGCGCUCGUGACGCCGCCCCCGCCCAUGUCUGCGCCCCUGCCUCAGCUGCAAACCAUCUUUGACUGGACUCGAAUACCGCUAGACGACCCAAAUCUUGGGCCUCAUCAUCAUUUUGCUCGAUCGGUCGAUUGGGGGUCAACCUCUUUGGGACCCGUGGAAACGUGGUCUAAUGACCUGCGCAUCAUGUCCAACAUGAUCAUGGGGAGUCCUCACCCUGCGGCGCUGUAUUGGGGCCCAGACUUUGUUGCCAUCUACAACGAAGCAUACAUUGCGCUCGCGGGUCAAAAGCACCCUCGGCUCAUGGGAAGCCGGUAUAAAGACGCUUGGUCGGAGAUAUGGGACAGCAUAGCGCCGGUUUUCGAGGCUGCCUGGAAUGACGGGCGGGCAACCAUGAAGCACGACGAUGGUCUUUUCAUCUCUCGCCACGGUUUCCUCGAGGAGACCUUCUUCAACUGGGCCAUCAUUCCUUUGGUUGGUAGCGACGGCACCGUGGUGGCACUAUACAAUCCUGCCUUUGAAAACACGCGGCGCAAAGUCAGCGAGCGCAGAAUGUUGACGCUGCGAGAGGUCGGUGUCAAGACGUCACAGGCCAGGGAUGUGAAGGGAUUCUGGAAACAGCUUCAAAAGGGUCUCGAAUACAACCCCUAUGAUGUCCCCUUUGCUCUCAUCUACUCGGUCAGUGAAGAUAGUGAGAGCGAGGUUGGGUCCAUGGCUUCCGGCAACCUCAGCCACCCCCCAGUAAUCAACCUGGAAGGUUCGAUUGGCGUUCCCGAAGGGCACCCUUGCGCUGUGCCCUCGAUAAACUUACGGUCAAGCGAUGAAGGGUUUGCCCACUACAUGCGCGAGUCGAUGGCCGAUCUAGCUAUGCCCGUCACCCUCAGUCUUGAAGACGGCACGUUUCCUGUUGAGCUCAUCCAGGGGCUUGACUGGCAGGGCUUUGGAGACCCAUGCACCACAAUUGUCAUCUUUCCAGUUCAUCCAACAACGUCGGUGGAUGCAGUGGUUGGCUUCAUCGUGUUGGGUAUCAACCCUCGACGACGCUACGACGACAACUACAAACUCUUUGUCAACUUGCUUUCACGCCAACUGGCAACGUCCAUGGCGUCUGUGGUCCUGUUCGAGGAAGAGAUCAAGCGUGGACAGAGAGCGGCCCGGUUGGCUGCGCUGGACCGCCAGGAACUUUCGAUGCAGUUACAUCUCCGUACUCAGGAAGCCGUCAAGAGCGAGUAUCGCUUCACUAGGAUGGCCGAGUUUGGACCAGUCGGUCUGUUCAUUGCCGAUGGUCAGGGCCAAAUAACCUUUGGAAACGAAUCGAUAUACCGGAUUUCAGGCAACGAACGGGCUACGAGCGGUCCAGAUUCGUGGAUGCACAGCAUUCGAGACGAGGAUAGGCCGGGCGUGGAGGAAGUUUGGCACAAACUUUUGGACGAAAAGGUGGCCGUGACGCAUGAGUUCAGAUUCCGGGGUUCCAAGCGGCUGAUUGACGGCCACUCGGUCGAUAUUUGGGCAUUGAUGAGCGCCUACCCCGAAAAAGACGAGUACGGCGAGCUCAAGAGCAUUUUUGGUUGCAUCACGGACAUCUCACAACAAAAAUGGGCCGAAGACUUUCAGAAACAGAGGCGAGACGAGGCGGUUGAACUGAAGCGACAGCAAGAAAAUUUCAUCGAUAUAACAAGUCAUGAGAUGCGGAAUCCUCUGAGCGCCAUCCUUCAAUGCGCCGAUGAAAUAUCGUCAAGUCUCAACGAGUUCAAGCACGGGAAUGGUCCAGUCGAACAAACUCUGGGCGAAUUGACAGUGCUUGUCGAAAGUUGUGUCGAGGCAGCAAACACCAUCUCGCUGUGCGCCAGCCACCAGAAACGAAUUGUUGACGACAUCUUGACGCUUUCGAAACUUGAUUCCAAUCUGCUGUUGGUUACUCCUGUCGAUGUACAGCCUAUCAUGGUGGUGCAAAAUGUGCUCAGGAUGUUUGAGGCUGAGCUCCAGUCCAACGACAUCACGGGGCAGUUUAUUAUUGAGGACUCGUACCGUGAUCUGGAGGUUGACUGGGUGAAGCUCGACCCGUCUCGCCUUCGCCAGGUGCUUAUUAAUCUAAUGACGAACGCCAUCAAAUUCACACAAGGACGGCCAACUCGCUCGAUCGUGAUCAAGCUUGGAGCAUCAAGGGAGGCGGAGAGAGAAAGCGGGCUCUCCUACAUCCCACCAAGGCACCCUGAUCAGAGAGAUCUUACUGAUGAGCCUGAUUGGGCUGAUGGAGAGAAGAUUCACUUGCAUCUUGCUGUGACGGACACCGGGCCAGGGCUGGACGACGAUGAAAAGAAGAUUCUGUUCCAGCGCUUCUCUCAGGCAAGCCCCAGAACACACGUUCAAUACGGCGGCUCUGGGCUUGGACUCUUCAUCUGCAGGAUACUGACCGAGCUGCAAGGCGGGCAGAUUGGUGUCUUUUCCGAAAAGGGUGAGGGCAGCACAUUUGCCUUUUACAUCAAGAGCCGAAAAUCCGAUCACCCCCAGGUCAACCUCUCAGCCGCCGCGCCGACACCCCGGCCGACACCGCCACGACAAAUGCACCACUCUCAUGAGCCGGCUCCACAGCCAGGACAAUCGACACCAGAACCAGAACCGAAGCCAAAACCAAUUACAAUGGUGCUUGAUGGGCCAGCCUUGGCUGGUGCAUUGCCCAAACCCGUCCGAGAACCCCAGAACAACUCGCCGUCGAUGGACAUCCUCAUCGUGGAGGACAACCUCGUGAACCAAAAGGUCCUACAACGACAGCUCCAGCGGUCAGGAAACAACACCCGCGUCGCCAACCACGGCGGCGAAGCUCUCAUUGAGCUCAGCAAAUCCCGUUUUUGGAACAAGGUAGCGGCCGCAGCAGAAAACGAGCACCCACCUCCCCCGCAAAGACAAGACUCUGAGAUUCUUCCUGAUGGUAUGGGAGACGUGAAAAUGGCCGACGAGGAGGACGAGGACAAUGACGACGACAAGGGCGAGCGCAACAUUUCGGUCAUUCUGAUGGACCUCGAAAUGCCCGUCAUGGACGGCAUGUCGUGCACGAGGGAGAUUAGGCGGCUGGAGAGAAAGGGGGUGCUGACGGGUCAUGUGCCGAUUAUUGCGGUGACGGCUUAUGCGCGGCCGGAGCAGAUUGAGAAUGCAAAGGCCGCUGGUGUUGACGACGUAAUAUCAAAGCCGUUCCGCCUGCAAGAGUUGCUGCCAAAGAUCGAGGAGCUGGUGGCAAAGUACAAGACUUUGCCUUGUGAGGCUUAAUUGUUGUUAAUGAUGAUAAAAGAAAUGGUACGGAUGGAUGAUUCCGGGAUAUUGUUUUUACGUUUGUGAUUGGGAUGGGGCGGGAAAGGGGCAAAUGAUAUAUGAUACCUACCUUUUUUUGCGGCUCAAGUUUUUUUUUUUUUUUUUUGGAAGGAUGGGAGGAAAGGAGUGGGAGGGAGGGUGAAUUUGGUUUACAGCGUUUCUUUUCUUUUGAGGCAUAAUUCUAUUUUUUACCAUUUUGGAGACAAGUUUUUUUUUUAAAAAAGAUUUUUUUUUUGGAGGUUUGGUUGGCUCUUAUGCUGGGGAGGAGAGGAGAGAGACGGUUGGAGGAUGAUGAUGUGUCGCGCUUUUAUUUCUUGCAAGAUGGUGGGGAAAGACUAAACGGGGGAGGGUAGGGAUUAUAGUUGUGCUCGGAUUUUGCACAUAUGUCAUGAACGGAGGGGAAGCCAAGUGGUAAUGUUUGGUUGGGUCUUUUGUACUGGGCCUGGUUUUCUGGAUAGUACCAGCAGGCAUGCAAUGGGAUCUGGUUGGGUAUGGACAGACAGCUGGGCAGGGUCUGGCUUCUUGGAUGCCUAUGAUACUUAUCAUAUGCAGAGUAAUGGGAAAGAAAAGGGAUUAAUUAGUGUAAUGGGGUGUUUUGGUGUUGUUUACUUCAUGUGAUGAGAUACCCAGAGAAGUUGGGCUAUGAGAUAGAAGAGAGACAUUUUCUAACUUUGAAUUGACAUGUAACGUAUCUACAAGAGUGUUGUGAGAUGAACAUGGAAAGUGCCAUACACCAAACAAGCACAUGUCCC